CCUAGCGCCUAGCCUAUUCUCUCCUGAAGUGUGACAUCAUAUUGCCUCUGUGGUGUUUGUGGCACAUGACUAAAGCCGAGUUUGAAGUGCUGUGAUGUAAUAGCCUACCGCCUACUGGUCACUUAUAUUUUCCAAGUACGCAGGUUUUUGUUAGGGUCAUGUUCGGCUCUAGCCAUCUUCAAACACCACAUUUGAACAGAGUUUUUUUUAUAUUCAAGCAGUCUAAAGAGCCACCAUUGAGACAUGGCAGCUCUUACAAUGAAUCCCAAAGCGGAGAUGGUGGAACGCUUUCUGGACUUUGCAGCCCGGGGAGACAAAGAGAAGGUGACCUCUAUGAUUUCCAACUCCUCCUUUCUGAUCAACCAGAGCGGUGAGAAGGGAUGGACGGCGCUAAUGCUCGCUGCACGCAACGGGCACUUUGAAGUUGUGAAAACUCUUCUCGCUAAAGGGUGUGACACAUCACCUGUGAACAAAUCUGAGCAGACUGCCUAUGACAUCGCCCGUUUCUGGGGCCACAAGCACAUCGCUACGCUGUUGUGUCGCGGACAGGAUGGGGACCCUCAUCGCGUGCUUCCAGACAUGCAUUCGGAUGGGGAGAACCUCUACUUCAACCACGAGUUCCUCGACAGGCUGAGUGAGAGGAGGACCGACAGCACGUGGCUCGCUGCCAAGCAGAGGGCUCCAGACACGGUGUUCCUCCUCUUCUACAGCCUGAACCCACUGGUCACGUCGGAACCCUUAAAAGAAGAUGGGCGAGGGGACUGCUCCUACCAGUUGAGCCGACUGCGGCGGCCUUCAGUAGAGCCCCUUCUGGGGCACCCCAACACCACGCUCAUCUUCCUGGGAGUGGAGAAGCCCAGGACGUGUGCCCCCAACACAGCGAUGGAUGAUGGAGAGGAUGAUGGACUGACCGCGUGGUUUGCUCUCAGCACAGAGGAGGACCCCACUGAGCUGGUGAAGUUCCCGGACCCUCAGUGCGCCUUCCUCCAAGCACCCAUGCCAGGUCUCCUGAAGCUCAGUGACAACGAGGCAGGUGUUGUGGCCCAAGCCAGGGCCGUGCUGGCAUGGCACAGCAGGUACAGCUUCUGCCCCACCUGUGGGAGUGGGACCCGUGUGGAUGACGGAGGCCAUAAGAGGACCUGCCUGAGGGAGGGCUGCAGAAGCCUCAGGGGCAUCCACAACACCUGCUACCCAAGAGUCGAUCCUGUAGCCAUCAUGCUGGUCAUCCACCCAGAAGGUAACCAGUGUCUGCUUGGGAGGAAGAAGGUUUUCCCUGCCGGGAUGUUCUCAUGCCUUGCUGGGUUCAUAGAGCCAGGUGAAACUGUCGAGGAGGGGGUGAGGAGAGAGGUUUGGGAGGAGAGUGGCGUUCGAGUCGGACCCGUGCGUUACGUCACUAGCCAGCCCUGGCCCAUGCCAUCCUCACUCAUGAUUGGUUGCCAUGCAGUCGCCUUGACAACCGCUAUUAAUGUAGACGAGAAUGAGAUCGAGGAGGCUCGGUGGUUCACACGGCAACAGGUGAUAGAUGCUACUGUGAAAGCGAAGCAUGCGGUUUUCUCCCUGCCACCGAGACAAGCGAUCGCCCACUACCUCAUCAAACACUGGAUCGGCAUGCAGGCCAACCUUUGAACUGAGGGGAGAAAUCUGCUUGGGAUUCCAAAAGGCCAAUUUAUAUUUAUUACAGUGGACAUUUUGCCUUGUUGCCAUGGAUACGGCCAUCUGGCCAAUUAAUGUUGUGGCAUCCUAGGUAGCUAGCAAGGUCAGCUGCAACGUUAAUUAUCAGUCAGGGAGAUGUGAAUUAUAGGAUCAUGAAGUUUGAAGAAAAAAAUGUGACGUUCUCUAUUGUUCUGCCUGUCUUCCGUGGUCUUGAACUAGUUAACUUAUGUUAGUUAUGGAGGUAGCUCAGUUACCAUAGAAAAGACAUGUUCUAUUUUUGACACUUAUCGCCUGGACUAUAAAUUCAGCUUAAAAUAUUGCUGCAGUUCUGCUGUUUAAAAAAAGGACCGGACUUCAAUUUUUCUUCUUCUGCCGUGAAGCGCAAACGCACGUAGAAAGAGACUUUCAGCCACAAGAGCUACUGUGAGCUACAGAGCUGUGUCAUACACCACAGGUCUUUGUCCUACAGUACUUACCACUUUUAAAGCAUAUCUAAAUUUGAAAUAUCAGAUAGUGAUAGUGAUCAUAAUUAAUUUAAUACCAUAGAACAGGGGUUUUCAACUGGUUUUGUCACAGGGACCACCAUUCUGACUAGAAAGUAAUCCGCGGCCAACUGAUGUGCCAGUGAUUCCCAAAACAGUUUACAGUCCCGUACCCUUCUUUUUCAUGUUUGUAACCCCGGUUGAAAACCCCUGCCAUAGAACCCUUACAGACUACCAAAACCUUUUUCAGUCAUACAGAACUCUUUUGGCAGGAAAGGACUCUUGAAAAUGCUGUGAAAAUGCAGUUCAUGUUGAUUUCUCAGGCACUGGGCACUGUAAAGUGUGUGUGUGUGUGUGUGUGUGUGUGUGUGUGUGUGUGUGUGUGUGUGUGUGUGUGUGUGU